AUGUAUGUCGGCAACCACUUCACCCAGCGCCAUGAGACAAUUGAUAUUAACCGGAAUCUAGUCGGAUAUCCUGGUGGUGCCAUCCUCCCUGUCUUCGAUGCUAUUUACAACUCGAAGCAUUUUGACUUUAUCCUUCCAAGGCAUGAACAAGGUGCUGGGCACAUGGCUGAAGGCUAUGCUCGAGUCUCUGGAAAGCCAGGUGUGGUUGUUGUAACUUCCGGCCCGGGUGCCACGAAUGUGAUUACUCCCAUGGCGGAUGCUUUAGCGGAUGGAACACCCAUGGUAGUUUUCACGGGGCAGGUUGCAACAGGAGCUAUAGGCAGUGACGCAUUUCAGGAGGCUGAUAUCAUCGGAAUUUCCCGGGGCUGCACAAAGUGGAAUGUCAUGGUGAGGAAUGUUGCCGAAUUACCCAAAAGGAUCAACGAAGCAUUUCAUAUUGCGACGAGUGGCAGGCCUGGCCCAGUACUUGUCGAUCUGCCUAAAGAUGUCACUGCAAGUAUCUUAAGGCAUGAUGUGGAUACUGAGUCGAUUCAUUCACCACGAUCGAGCCCUAUACUGCGGGCAACGUCGGAACUUCAGCAAAGGCAACUGGACCAGUCGAUUCAGAAUGUGGCGCAUCUGGUUAACAUUUCGAGAAAGCCGGUUAUUUAUGCCGGUCAGGGCGUAAUCUGUUCAAAAUUUGGACCGACAAUGCUUAGAGCUCUCGCUCAUGAAAGCUCCAUCCCCGUGACAACCUCUUUGCACGGCCUGGGAGCCUUUGAUGAGAUGGAUGAAAAAUCACUUCAUAUGCUUGGCAUGCACGGAGCUGCGUAUGCGAAUAUGGCUAUCCAGGAAGCGGACCUGAUCAUCGCUCUCGGUGCUCGAUUCGACGACCGUGUCACUGGAAACCUGGCGAAAUUCGCGCCGGGCGCAAAAGAUGCAGCUAUUCGGGGCUGUGGGGGUAUUGUUCAGUUCGAAAUGAUGCCAAAAAAUAUCAACAAGGUGGUACAGGUAACCGAAGCCGUGGAAGGGGAUGUUGGUACCAACCUCAAACUUCUUUUACCAAAGAUUCAGAGCCGAUCAAUCGCCGAUCGGCAGGUAUGGUUUGACCAGAUUUCGGCCUGGAAGAAAAGAUGGCCACUCUCCGACUAUGAACGGACUGAGAGAGCAGGAAUGAUAAAACCUCAAACCAUGGUUGAGGAGUUGAGUAAACUCACAUGCGAUCGGAAAGAAAGAACCAUAAUUUCUACCGGUGUUGGCCAGCACCAGAUGUGGGUGGCGCAGCAUUUUCGAUGGCGGUUUCCUCGCACUAUAGUCACGUCAGGUGGACUCGGUACGAUGGGCUAUGGCUUACCAGCGGCUAUCGGGGCUAAAGUGGCACGACCGGAUGCUCUAGUGAUCGAUAUUGAUGGUGACGCUUCCUUUGGAAUGACACUAACAGAAUUGUCAACAGCAGUUCAAUUCAACAUUGAUGUCAAAGUCAUUGUGCUCAAUAACGAAGAGCAAGGCAUGGUCACACAAUGGCAAAAUCUCUUUUAUGAGGACCGCUAUGCGCAUACACAUCACAAAAAUCCCGAUUUCAUGAAGCUAGCAGAUGCCAUGGGCGUUCAUCAUCGACGGGUUGUGGAGCCUGGAGAUCUUGUGGCCAGUCUGGAAUGGCUUAUUGGUACUGAUGGUCCCGCUUUGCUGGAGGUUGUGACAGACAAGAAAGUAUCUGUCUUGCCCAUGGUCCCAACGGGAUGUGGCCUUCAUGAGUUUAUCACGUGGGACAGUGGUAAGUCUCUGUUCGAUUACCAUACCGUGAGAAGAAAUGUUAGUCUCAUAAGAAAACAGUCAAAGACAAAAAGCGACGGGAAAUGA